UUCUCACUUUCUCCUCAAACCUCUCACUCCCUCUCUUCUCUCUCUCUUCUCUUUGCUUUCAUAAUCAAAACCAUCCAGAGGUUUUGACAGAAGCAAAAACGCAAAAACCACCGCGAACAUACACAAAACUAUGACAACUCUUCCAAAAGCACCCAACUGUAACAGUUGGGCAAAAAUGCAUCACUCUUUCUCUUCUUCUUCUUCUUCUUCCUCAUCAGUAUUGGAUCCUAUGGGCUUCCCAAAAAGGUCCAUCUUCUUGAAGAGCAGCAAAAACCGCAGAAGUUCUAGUAGCAUUCACUGUGCUUUGCAAUCUCCCUCGGUUCUUCACUUCCCAAAACAACCCUGCAACACACCAGUAGUUACCAAGGAAGCCACUCCUGCAAAACCCAAAACACAUCAGCUUCCACAGUGGAACUUACUACAGAAAGCAGCUGCCAUGGCGAUCGACAUGGUCGAAGGAGCGUUAGUCUCACGCGAGCGCCAAAACCCACUUCCCAAAACCUCAGACCCACGUGUCCAAAUCGCCGGAAACUACGCUCCGGUGCCGGAACAAGCCGUCCGCCACUGCUUACCAAUUACCGGCACCAUACCUGACUGCAUUAACGGCGUCUACCUCCGCAACGGCGCCAACCCUUUACACGAGCCCGUGGCCGGACACCACCUUUUCGACGGCGACGGCAUGGUUCACGCCGUCAGCAUCGAUUCCGGAUCGGCCAGCUACGCCUGCCGGUUCACGGAGACCCAGAGGCUCGUCCAAGAAAGGGAAAUGGGGCGACCCGUUUUCCCCAAAGCCAUCGGCGAGCUCCACGGCCACUCCGGCAUCGCUCGCCUCCUCCUAUUUUUCGCACGUGGGGCUUUAGGCCUCCUCGACAAAAACCACGGCACUGGCGUCGCAAACGCCGGCCUCGUCUACCACAACGGCCGGCUCUUAGCCAUGUCGGAAGACGACUUGCCGUACCAUGUCCGGGUCACUAAAUCCGGGGACCUCGAAACGGUGGGUCGUUACGAUUUCGACAGCCAGCUGGGGUCCACAAUGAUCGCACACCCGAAGGUUGACCCGGAAUCCGGCUCCCUCCACGCGCUCAGCUACGAUGUUGUUCAGAAGCCGUAUUUAAAAUACUUCCACUUCAGCCCCAACGGCUCGAAAUCCCCGGACGUGGAGAUCCCAUUGGCAGGGCCCACCAUGAUGCAUGACUUUGCGAUCACCGAGAACUACGUGGUGAUCCCGGACCAGCAGGUCGUGUUCAAGCUCGGAGAGAUGAUCACGGGUGGGUCCCCCGUGAUCUACGACAAGAGCAAGAUGUCGCGGUUCGGAAUUCUUAAGAAGAAUGACGUCAACGCCGACGACAUCAUCUGGGUCGACUCUCCCGACACGUUCUGCUUCCACCUCUGGAACGCGUGGGAGGAGCCCGAGUCCGCUGAGGUCGUUGUGAUCGGCUCCUGCAUGACGCCGCCCGACUCGAUCUUCAACGAGUGCGACGAGAACUUAAAGAGCGUGCUGUCCGAAAUCCGGCUCAAUUUGAAAACCGGCGAGUCGAGUCGGCGGGCUAUCUUGUCUGAAUCGGAUGAUGUGAAUUUGGAGGCGGGAAUGGUAAAUCGGAACUUACUCGGGAGGAAAACGCGGUUCGCUUACCUCGCAAUUGCCGAACCCUGGCCCAAAGUUUCGGGUUUUGCUAAAGUUGAUCUUUUUACCGGGGAGGUGAAAAAGUUUUUUUACGGCGAGAAAAUGUACGGCGGUGAGCCCUUUUUCGUGCCGAGCACGGAAGAGGGCGCGUCGGAGGACGACGGUUAUAUUCUGACGUUCGUUCACGACGAGAAGAACUGGAAGUCGGAGCUUCAGAUUGUUAACGCGGUCAAUAUGAAGUUGGAGGCUACGGUAAAAUUACCUUCAAGGGUGCCCUACGGGUUUCAUGGGACGUUUAUAGAAUCGAAGGACUUGGUAAAUCAAGCAUAGAGAGAACGGUAAAAAAAUAAAAUAAAGAGAGAUGUUGUUACUGUUGUUGUUGGUGGUGGGUUAAAUUACGGAAGGGAGAAAUUACCAGAGGGAUUUGCAGAGAAGCACACAAGGUCCCCGGAUUUUAUCCUGGAAUAUUUUUUAACCCUACCAACUUUUUUGGUUUUGUUAGGCAGGCAGACAGUUUUUUUUACAGUCAUCUUUGGGUACUGUAAUUAGGUUUUGACGAUGAUGAUCGGAGACCAGCUUGUAGCUUUUGGAUUGUAGGUAGCCUUUCGAGCUCAGCUGGUUUAUGUUUCUUCUUUCUUCUUUCUGUGUUGUAUUUUAAAGAAAAAUUAAUGAAAAUGACUUCAAAAUUUCGAGUUUUAACGAAAA